AUGAGCCGGAGGGAGGGAAGUCUGGAAGACUUCCAGGCUGACUCCUCAGUCUCACCCCUUCCCCUCUUGGAGGCCAAGAUCCAUCAGACACACAGCCUUGCCCGCCUCCUCACCAAAUAUGCUGAGCAGCUCUUCCAGGAAUAUGUGCAGCUCCAGGGGGACCCCUUCGGGCGGCCCGGCUUCUCGCCGCCGCGGCCGCCGGUGGCGGGGCUGAGCGCGCCGGGCGCGGGCCACGCGGGGCUGCCGCUGCCCGAGCGCCUGCGGCUGGACGCGGGGGCGCUGGCCGCGCUGCCGCCGCUGCUGGACGCGGUGCGCCGCCUGCAGGCCGAGCUGAACCCGCGCGCCGCGCGCCUGCUGCGGCGCCUGGAGGAGGCCGCGCGCCGCGCCCGCGCGCUGGGCGCCGCCUUGGAGGCCGUGCUGGCCGCGCUGGGCGCCGAGCCCCGCGAGCCCCGGCCCGAGCCCGCCGCCGCCGCCGCCGCAGCAGCAGCCGCCGCCGCCGGCGCCUUCCCCGCCAAGCUGCUGGGGCUCCGCGUGUGCGGCCUCUACCGCGACUGGGUGAGCCGCACCGAAGCCGACCUGGGCCAGCUGGUGCCCGGGGGCCCCGCCUGA